ACUUCGGACUUGGGAAGGCACUCGCGUGGCAACAAUCGUCCAGGGCGCACGGCACACACGCAGAGCUGCCGGAGGAGAUAGGCCGUUGCUUCUUGGUGUGCCACAUUCGUACCCCGAUCCAAGUCCAGACCCGCUGAUCCAUCCGCCUCAUAUAUACAUCAUUUCCGCCGCUUUGAUUGGGGCACGCACGCACAUGGUGGAGGAGAUUGGCUGCCAGAGACAGACGGGCAUUGUGGUCGCCAUGCCCAGCCAGGUGGCAUCGAGCACCGGAACUCCAGCCCCAUCCGCCGGCGGCAUUCACCAGCAGCAUCAGCAGCACCAGCAGCAGCAACACCAGCAACAGCAGCACCAGCAGCAACAGCAGCAGCAACACCAACAUCAGCAGCAGCAACAGCAGCACCUUCAGCAGCAGCAACACCACCAGCUGCAGCAGCAACAGCAGCAGCAGCAGCAUCAACAACUCGCCAGCAACAUGAGCCUGCUGACCGUCAAAGGCGGUCGUUAUCUUUGGACCGACCGGGAGCUGUUGAUGCACCUCCAGAACUACACUCCCCUGAUCCUUCUCAUCGAUUUCGUGGAGAAGACCCGAACCAAGCGCUUCUAUGAGAGCUCCGAGCGCUAUGAGAUACUCAUGCUGGUCUUCAUCAUGCGCAAGGGAGCGCCGUUCUGUGAGAACAAGCGCUUUCCAGCGGAGUACUGGGUUAAUCUGUCGGUGGGACCAAUUGCCGAGGCGUUUGACCGACUGCAGGCGGCCAUCGAUAUACCGGAUCCCCAGCUGCCGAUCCACAUGAGCGUUACGGAUUUGACCAGCUGGAAGCAGAUGUUCGACCUGGCCAUGCUGGAUAUACGGCGUUUUGCGUACUACACCGAUCCUUUGCAGCUGGCCGAUGCGGGCGUCUUUAACCGGAUCACCUUUGAGCAGCGAUUCGGAAUGCAGUGGCAGGAGUAAUGGGAAUUGAUGCACGUUACUGGAUAUAUAUUCACGGUAAACAUGUAAGCACACCAUCAGCACCAACACACUUUCCCACAUUGGGAUGGAUCGUGGGGAAGGCUACUGCAUAAAUCUAAACGAAAGCAUUUAGUUAAGUAUAAAUAGGAGGCACUAGAGCAACCGAUCCAUCCAAUCCCACAUAGACAGAGUUAUUUGUUGCGUUAAUGUCCCUGCAUAGCGAAAUCUACUGUGCCUUCUCCAAAACUCCAGAUCCUUCUGAAUUCCUUUCCCUCCAAUCCCUCUACUUCAUCUCUUCUCCGACUCCUCAAAUGUAUCUGUAAUACAAGCGACGUGUAGGACCCAAAAUGCUUUAAUGGAAAUAAAGGUUAGUUACUGUUCAAA